CAGAGUCGUUGUAUAUCCAUAUUUAUGGACAAGCAGAAACAAAAUCCUAGUGGAUUCGCUCUAGGCAGCAUUGAAGGGCGUGUCGGUAUACAGUAUUUAAACCCAACUACGCCUAAAGAUAACUUCACUUUUAAAUGUCAUCGUUCCAAUGCGCCGAUCAAUGGUUACCAUGAGAUUUUUGCAGUAAAUGAUAUGGCUUUCCAUCCAGUGCAUGGCACAUUAGCCACAGUAGGAUCCGAUGGAUUUUAUUCGUUUUGGGAUAAAGAUGCUAGAACCAAAUUACAUUCUUCAGAUUCUCCGGAUCAGCCGCUCACCUGUUGUGUAUUUGACCCUAAAGGUCAAGUAUUCUGUUAUGCAACAGGUUAUGACUGGUCUAAAGGAUAUCAAUUUUACGAUCCAUCUAAACCCGUCAAGAUAAUGAUGCGCUUGUGUAUGGAAGAAAUGACUCCUGGUAGAAAACCGUAAUUUAAAAGAGAUUGAACAAUAUGAUUGUUUUCCAUGUAUAUUCUAAUAUACUCAGAUAAGUUCGUCUGUCACGCAUCAAUCUACAAUUUCAAACUGUAUUUUUAUAAAAUAUUGGCAAGUAUUUUUUUUACUAAAUCUUGUUCUUUUACAUUUGAGUCUAUAUGUAGAGAAUACAGUUCAUGAUUUUUAUUUUCGGGCAUUGUUAUGCAUACGAUUAUUUGAUCUCAGAAGUAUUAGAUCUGAUCCCGAAUAAUCCAGUCACUCAACAGAUCACAUUCUGUAGAACACUUCUGCUAGAACAGUUAUACAUAGCUAUGGUUUCUACACCGUAUGUUGAUCUGUGUUAUAAUUUUGAUGAUAUCCUAUAACAGGAAGUCAGGAAAGUAAGAAGUAUUGUUUAUAAGCCAUGGUCAUUCGAAAGUAUGUUUUAAGAUGUAAUAACCGAAUAAUUCAUUGAUACAUUUCAUUUUCUUGAAUUGUUUCCUCAGGUCAAAAAUAUAUCAUUGUUUCUUGAAAUAUUUCCUAUUUAACUUUCUAAGAAAGAGAUCAAGUUAAGCAUGUUUUGUGAUUAAUCAUACAAUUGGAUUUUAAGGGUAGAGUAUUCAGUUAAUCAAUAGAAAGCUGAUAUGCUUGCAGUUAUUACAAGUUCACCCUACUCGGUAAACGGACGAAGAUCAACGAUGCAGUCACACGAUAGGCUGUUCUAAUCCAACCGUCCCCGGGCCCUGCUAACUAACAAGCGCACAAUUCAAGCUUAUUUAUGCAAUGAUAAACCACCCUUGGUGAGAGCCACAAAAUAGCAUACUAAGAUAAUCCAUCAGCCAACGGUUGUCAAGGGUUUUCCGAGUGAGAAAUAUGAGUUGAAGGUUAACUAAGCGUUCUUGGCGCUAGAACAUAAAAAUUCAAAAUUUCAGAAUAAAAUGUCAAAAUUGGGACCUUUUCCAAGUGAGUUCUGGGGAUCUAACGUCCCCUACAAAAAUGAUGUACAACUUAGUAACAUAAUGAGAAAUGUUUAACCACUAAUUACAAUUGUUUCACUAACCAUAACCAAAAAAUUCAUGAUUUGACAGUCAACACUUCUCAGACUUUUAGAGUAUCUAUAAAACCUCUAUAAUAAAAUAUUGGCUUGAUUUCAUUGAUAAGCAGAUCUAGACUUAAUUUGUGUGAUCCCGGCACAUCAGCCACAUGCUUUUUUGAUCGAAAUCAGUCUAAAGAACAAAGUAACUUCAUAGACAGAAUGGGACAGCACUUGUGUAGAUCUUUGGAAUGAAAUUGUUGUUUAUAUGUCAUUCAAACUUUCAUGAACUUUAAAACGAU